AUGGCAUCCAACACCUACUUCGUCAACAUCGCUCAAUAUGAACACCCCAACAUGCCCGGCCCAAGGCAUUGGUCCAUUAUCUUCAUGGAGUCCAACGACAAAAUGACUCCAGGUACAGUUUACGAGGUCAUCGGUUCUCCCAGGAGAUACGAUAUCAACGGCCCUGAGCAGGUCGUCCCGGGCAAAGCCAAGACAUUCAAGGGAAUGGAAACUCUCGGUACAAUUCCUGCUUCCCAGCUAAACCAAGUAGAAGAACUCCUCUUGAAUACGUCCCUUGAGCAGAAAAAUCGGAACUGGCAUUGCCAGCACUGGGUUAUUGCGGCGCUUGAUAAGCUGAGGGAGGCUGGGUUUGAUAUUACUCCCAUUACCCAUGAUGGCCUUCUCGCUCGUUUCAAUGCCAAUGCCGAGAACAAGUAA